GGAAUAUCAAACAGAUGAUUAAAUUAACACAAGAGCAUAUAGAGGCACUGCUAGACAAAUUUGGAGGAGAGCAUAACCCACCGUCGAUAUAUUUAGAGGCCUAUGAAGAGUACACCAGCAAACUAGAUGCCCUACAGCAGAGAGAACAGCAGUUACUGGAAUCCAUGGGGAAUGGAACGGAUUUUUCUGUCUCCAGUUCAGCCUCAACAGACACAGUUGCAUCAUCUUCCUCCUCUAGCCUCUCUGUAGCACCUUCAUCCCUGUCAGUUUAUCAAAACCCUGCUGAUAUGUCACGGAAUAACCCUAAAUCUCCACAGAAGCCUAUUGUUAGAGUCUUCCUGCCCAACAAGCAAAGGACUGUGGUUCCAGCAAGAUGUGGAGUAACAGUCCGAGACAGCCUAAAGAAAGCUUUGAUGAUGAGAGGUCUUAUUCCAGAAUGCUGCGCUGUUUACAGAAUACAAGAUGGAGAGAAGAAGCCAAUUGGCUGGGACACGGACAUUUCCUGGCUCACGGGAGAGGAGCUGCACGUGGAAGUCUUGGAGAAUGUGCCACUCACAACACACAAUUUUGUACGAAAAACAUUCUUCACGUUAGCAUUCUGCGACUUUUGUCGAAAGCUGCUUUUCCAGGGAUUCCGGUGCCAGACAUGUGGCUACAAGUUUCACCAGCGCUGUAGUACAGAAGUGCCACUGAUGUGUGUUAAUUAUGACCAACUUGAUUUGCUGUUUGUCUCCAAGUUCUUUGAACAUCACCCCAUACCACAGGAGGAGGCCUCCUUAGGAGAGACCACCCCAGCAUCUGGAUCGUACCCCUCAGCGCCCCCCUCAGAUUCUGUUGGACCACCAAUUCUCCCUAGUCCUUCUCCUUCAAAAUCCAUUCCAAUCCCACAGCCCCUCCGACCAGCAGAUGAAGACCAUCGGAAUCAAUUUGGGCAACGCGACCGAUCCUCUUCAGCUCCCAAUGUUCACAUCAAUACAAUCGAGCCAGUCAAUAUUGAUGACUUGAUUAGAGACCAGGGUUUGCGAGGAGAGGGAGCCCCUUUGAACCAGCUGAUGCGCUGUCUUCGGAAAUACCAAUCCCGGACUCCCAGUCCCCUCCUUCAUUCUGUCCCCAGUGAAAUAGUGUUUGAUUUUGAGCCUGGCCCAGUGUUCAGAGGUUCAACUGCAGGUUUGUCUGCAACACCUCCUGCCUCUUUGCCGGGGUCACUCACCAAUGUGAAAGCAUUACAGAAAUCACCAGGACCUCAACGGGAAAGGAAAUCGUCCUCAUCCUCAGAAGACAGAAAUAGAAUGAAAACCCUUGGUCGACGGGAUUCAAGUGAUGAUUGGGAGAUACCAGAUGGCCAGAUCACAGUUGGACAAAGGAUAGGAUCUGGAUCAUUUGGAACAGUCUACAAAGGAAAGUGGCACGGUGAUGUGGCAGUGAAAAUGUUGAAUGUUACAGCACCCACACCUCAACAGUUACAGGCUUUCAAAAAUGAAGUAGGAGUGCUCAGGAAAACACGACAUGUGAAUAUCCUGCUUUUCAUGGGUUAUUCAACAAAACCCCAGUUGGCUAUUGUUACACAAUGGUGUGAGGGGUCCAGCUUAUAUCACCAUCUACACAUCAUUGAGACUAAAUUUGAAAUGAUCAAACUAAUUGAUAUUGCACGACAGACUGCACAAGGCAUGGAUUAUUUGCAUGCCAAGUCAAUCAUCCACAGAGACCUCAAGAGUAAUAAUAUUUUUCUUCAUGAAGACCUCACAGUAAAAAUAGGUGAUUUUGGUCUAGCUACAGUGAAAUCACGAUGGAGUGGAUCCCAUCAGUUUGAACAGUUGUCUGGAUCUAUUCUAUGGAUGGCACCAGAAGUUAUUAGGAUGCAAGAUAAAAACCCAUAUAGCUUUCAGUCGGACGUGUACGCAUUUGGGAUUGUUCUUUAUGAACUGAUGACUGGACAGUUGCCGUACUCCAACAUCAACAACAGGGACCAGAUUAUUUUUAUGGUGGGACGAGGAUACCUAUCUCCAGACCUCAGCAAAGUACGGAGCAACUGUCCAAAAGCUAUGAAGAGACUAAUGGCAGAAUGCUUAAAAAAGAAAAGAGAUGAAAGACCCCUUUUUCCACAGAUUCUUGCCUCCAUUGAGCUUCUGGCCCGGUCAUUGCCAAAAAUUCACCGCAGUGCAUCUGAGCCCUCGUUAAACCGGGCUGGCUUCCAGACAGAAGAUUUUAGUCUAUAUGCUUGUGCUUCUCCAAAAACGCCCAUCCAAGCAGGGGGAUACGGAGAAUUUGCAGCGUUCAAGUAGCCACAGCACCAUGGCAGCACCCACUCUGUUAUUUAAAGUCUUGUGUUCCUACAGUUUCUUAACAUCAAAACUCUGUUCUGCUCCAUGAAACCUAAAGUAAUUUAGAAAAGAUACCCAUAAGCUUAAAAGUGGAGCAGAAUGGAACUGCCAGUCCAACACAAUGGGGAAAAAAAAGUACCUUUUUUGGGAACCAGAAUCCUCUGCUGCCAGUGUUUCUCCUUCGACACAAACCACCACGUGCAUUCGGAAACCCGCAGUGGCUGCCUGUGCUGUUGGCAUCAUUCCCAGGAGAGAGGAGAGGGCGCUCGUGGUUUGACUGUGGUGCUCGGGCAUGAGGGGAUGGAGCUGCUGCUGCAACUUAGGAGACUUGCUUUGGAUGGUCUGCCGGUCGGCUUUCUCCCUCUAACAGCAACGUACCAUCAGAGGCUGAAAAUCUGAUGAGUGCUAGUUCAAAAGAAUCAUCCUCCAUUCCAAUCUUUUUCUUUUUUUUUUUUUUCUUCCCCUGAUGUACUCACUGAUUUAUGGACAACGCAGUAUCCCCUUUUCACUGUAUCACAGCGUCAGACACCUAAAUGUGUCUAUGUUAUUGGGUUAUAUUCCAGUAAAAUUAAAAGUGGGGGGUGAUGAUGGGAGCUGGAGAAGAUGUUACUCUAAAGGCAAAGAGGUUAAUCUGAAGGAAAAGGGGAUGCUGCUGCUCCUUUUUUCAGAUUUACUUUAUCACUUCUUCAGAAAACAAA